AUGAUCUAUAUUUUACGAGAAUCAGACCGGACCAAACAUUUUCACAGCAAAAGGCAAUUUAUUUUUUUUCCUCUUUUCAUUGUUACUUACAGUUUCACUCUUUCUUUCUCUAGUCUUCUUUUCUUUCUCUUUUCUUCUUGUUUCAUUUUCAACUUCGGAUUUCUUUUUUUCCGAUUCUUUUUAAUUCUUUUUAUUUCAUUCAUUUUUUUUUUUCGAUUUCUUCUCCCUAUCCAUUUUUUCUUUCUUGUUUUUCUUUUCCUUCUCUUCGUUGUAUAUUUUCUCUUCUUUUUGUUUUUCUUUUGCUUCUUCUUCUUCUUCUUCUUCUUCUUCUUCUUCUUCUUCUUCUUCUUUCUUCCACUUUUUCUUCUUCUUCCUUUUCUUCUUUUUCAUCUUCUCCUUUUGCUUCUUCUUCUUCUUCGUCUGAUUCUUCUUCUUCUUCUCCCACUUCUUCUUCCUCUCAUUCCUUUGCUUCCUCUUCUUCCUUUGCUUCUUCUUCUUCUUCCUCUUUUUCAUCUUCUUCCUUUACUUCUUCUUUUCUUGAACUUCUUCCUCUUCUUCCUUUGCUUCUUCGUCUUCUUCCUCUUUUUCAUCGCUUUUUCCUCCUUCUUUUUUUCUCCUCAUCCUUCUCUUUUCUUCUCCUCAUCCUUCUUUUUCUUCUUCUCUUUCAUUUGA